AUGAACUCAGUAUCCACUAAUAUUUCUUUUUCAGAUAUUCGGGAUGUGAAAAUCUAUUUAAAAAUUCAUUACAAUACUUCAUAUGGAUAAGCAAUUUACUUAUGUGGUGACGAUGAAAGGUUGGGAAUUUGGGAUUCAACUAAAGCAAUAAGACUCUAAUGGAAUGAGAAUAAUGAAUGGACUGCCUGUCUAAAACUUCCAAGAAUUUGUAAGAAAUUUGAGUACAAAUUCCUCUUAAAUGAUUAUGAUAACCCAUCUCGAGAAAAAGAAUUUUGGGAACCAGGAGAAAAUCGUAUAAUUACGAAACAUUUAUUAUUGAAUGGCAAGAAAGGGGAGUACUUUAAUUAGGAGUAUUGGGGUUAUAGAACAAUCAAAUUAAAGCUCAAUCACAAUUUAUAGUUUGGAGAACGGAUGAUGAUUAUAGGUUCAAUACCAGAAAUAGGUUCUUGGAAAACACCUGUGUUAAUGAAAUAAUAAUAGAAGAUUGAUAUACUAACAUAAGAGCCUAUUCAACAAUGGUCCAUUUCAUUUAUUGUAAACCCUCUUAAUUUCUAUUUCCGAUAUUAUUAUGUGAUUCGAAACGACGAAUCUGGGAAUAUGAUAUGGGAAAGAGGGAAUGGACGUUAUCUUAAAACUGCUGAUCUCUCUUCUCUUCGAUAGGUACUCGAUCAAUAUGCACUCCAUCCAAUUAAAGUCAAAACAUAAAUCUACACAGCAUUUCAAACAAAGCCAUAAUACAAGAAUGGCUCAUUUUCAACUACUAAGAUUCCAAAAUAAAAGAUCAAACCUAAUAAUUAAGGAUAUUAAUUUGCAGAUAAGGAGCCUUCCUUCUUUUACUAUGAAGAAUUUGGAAGGUUGAAUAAAUUGGAUUGGAAUUUUGUAGUCUAAUUUCAAACUUACGAAAUAAAUGAAAAUAUAUUGAUUGGUCCUUAUCCUCAAAAUGAAUAAGACAUUUUAUUAUUGAAAUAAAAAUAAGUGAAGGCAGUCCUCAAUUUGUAGACUCGUUUAGACAUGUUCCAUAGAGGAGUUAAUUGGGAGUAGAUAGUGGAUGCAUAUAAGAGAUAGAACAUAGUAAUGAAGAAUUAUCAGAUCUUUGAUAUGGAUGCAGAAGAUUUUGAGAAGAAAUCCAACAAGGCUGUAUAGAUUCUCAAGAAAUUAAUCAAUGAGCAUGAGUACGUGUAUGUUCAUUGCACUGCUGGGAUAGGGAGAGCCCCUUCAAUUAUAGUUUUAUAUUUAAGUUCGAUUCUUUAAUAUGAUUUAAAAGAUGCUAUCGAAUUUGUUAAAUAAAAACGAUAAUAGUUUUAUGUCAAUUAUUCUAUGCUGAAAAAGUCUUUGCAGAAGACUCUUGUGUUUAAUCAUGGAUUGGGUUACUAGAAUUUGGCUUAAACUUUAUGA